AUGCCCACCGACCCUCCCACCGUGAACCCUUCUAACGCUGCGCCCCACGGCAAAGCAGUCCCACCCCCUGCUCACCCUUCCCAGCAACCCCACCACAGGUCUCUCCCGCAGCAGCAGCAGCGUCAUCUGCGCUUCCCUCAACAGCACCAUUCCCUGCUGCAGCCUCCUAAUCCCAUUCCCUUGUCUCACCAUACCCAACCGCAACAUAUCCCUCGUCAGUAUGCUGCCUUGAGCUCGGCUCGAAACAUCUCACCAAUGCAACAGCAAGGUCUUUCUCAACCUCCUCACCAAAUCCCCCCACAACAACCUCAACAGCAACAAGCCCGUCAGCAUCCUCGCCCUAAUUUGAAUCCCCACCAGCAACCACCUCAGCAACCCUACUAUGUCAACGGCGGUUAUCCGGGUCUCAGUGCUUACCCCCCGCAAGUCGCCGCCCAGUACGGGCUAAGCCCAAACUAUGUCUUCACUCCGCAAGCACCGUACUACAAUGGCAUGCAACCGCAGGGCCCACCUCAACAACCGGGACCUCAUAACCCGAGGUCCCAGAGGCCCUACUCCCGCAAUAUACCUCCGCAAGCCGCAUCUCACCAACCCCAGUCGCGAGUUACAUUGCCUCCGCCGAAGAAGCAAAUCCUCGCCAUCGUCGAUCCGGAUACAAAUGAAGAGGUCAAGGUUGACAGCGUGGACAAAAAGCAGCCUGUUCGCACUCCCCCGGUCCCCGUCUCCAAGACCGCCGUGAAAAUUCCCCCGCGCACCUCUCGUCCGCUCGAGCUCGUAACUGACCCUGCCGACGCAAUCCCGAAGCAGGGUGCGGCAGACAAGGUACCGAAUACUGCCCCGUUACAAGUCCUCACCAAACAGAGUACAUCAGACAAAUCGAAGGACCUCGUAUCGGAGAAUAAGCAGGAUCCUAUUGCAAGUGCCGAGGCAGCUUCCCCGGUCGAGUCAUCGGAGAAGACACCAUCGACCAAGUCUGGCACUUCCGUCAGCACAGCGCGCGAAAGCACUUCUGACAAGCCCGCGCAGCUGAAUUCUUCGAUACCAGUGAAGUCGAUUGUGUCUACAUCCAGUACUGACGUAAAGAGCCCUAAUGACCGGGGCGUCUCGAGACCUGUCGUGGCAAGUGUCUCUACGCCUUCUAAUAUGCCUGAGCCGACAAAAGAGGUGGAGAAGAAGUCUCCGCCCGGUCCCGCUGCAGAAAUCUCGACGAAGUCAUCCCCCUCUGCCGCGUCGGGUGCCUCAAAGCAGAUAUCAAGUCCCACGGUUGUAGCAUCAGAGCCAGUGAAGCCCGUAGAUUCGGUUUCGCGUUUAGGCGUUUCCGAGUUACAAUCCGCUACUUCUGCGGAAAACGAAACCGCUGCAGCUCGAAGUACAGGACCACCACCGCAGCAUCCGGCGAGCCCGCCUGGAGCCCAAGGUGUAGAAAACCAGGAGGAUGCUUCCGUGGAAGCCGACAAGGAUUCCGAAUCUGAGACAACGGCAGGUCUCCCGAGCUAUAUUUUCGGAGAAGGAGAGCGCCGCGUCUACCCUCCCGGUUUUACUCAUGCACUUCAAGAAAUGGUCACCCCCGAGAGAGACGCAUUUUACAGGAAUAUUUUGUCCAACAGAAAUAUUCUGAAAGGCGGUGCGCCCCCAGCUGGCGGUGAUAGUUACGGACGAGGAGGUCAGCAACGAAGAGGAAACUCGGCUUCAUCGAAUGAGGGUCGCUGGGCCAGAAAUCCCCAGCCACAGAAAUCUACCACUUCACGAUUCUCGGUAUCAAGAGGGGCUCCAGCUCCGGUCGUCGGCAGCGGCGUUGGUUCAUACGACCCUUUUGACCUCCGCUCCGCUCGCUCGCAGAAUCCCCCGCCUGCCCCGAAGGCACAGCCAACUCAAGGGCGCGGCAAUCAGGAUCCGCGCGGUUCCCAUAUGCGAAUGGAUGGUCCAACACGCGGGGGCCAUGGUCCAAUUGAUCCGUUUGUACCAGUUGCACCACCUGUUGAGAAGCUUAAAAGGUCGGAGAAUGGAUGGAAGCGCAAUAAGGAGUCUGAUGACGUCGUCACUUCCAAGGUCAAGCAAAUACGUUCUUUGCUCAAUAAGCUCACACUUGAGAAAUUUGACAAGAUUUUCAAACAGAUUAUUGAUAUCAACAUCUCAAGCUAUGAAAUUUUGACCGGUGUCGUGAGGGAGGUUUUCGAAAAAGCCCUUUUUGAGCCUAAGUUUUCAGGGAUGUAUGCCGAGUUGUGCGUUCGCCUUGACCUCGCAACAAGGGAGAUGCUUCAACAGGCUAGUAUCGUAGACGAUAGAGGCAGGCCUAUCUUCUUCAGAAACAUCUUGCUGAACAACUGUCGAGACGAAUUUAUCAGGUUUGCGAAAUCCAGCGAAUCUACAGAGAAGGACAAACAAACUGAGGAGGACGACCCUGCGAAAGAAGAUAAAACAGAUUCAGCAACAGAAGAAGCUUCUGUCGAGGAAGCGAAAAAGCCUCUUACACCGAAGGAAAAAGCCGCAAAGGAGAAAGCCGCAGCCGGUAAGGCCGCCGCCAAUGCCACUACGGCAAAACGAAGAAUGCUUGCUAACGUGCGAUUCAUUGGGGAGUUAUUCCUGAAAGAUCUCUUGAGAGAACAAAUUAUCCACAAACAAUGUAUUCAGCGUCUCUUGAAGAUUGGGAUUGAGAGCAGAGAGGAGGAUGUCCUCGAAGCGUUAUGUAAGCUGUUAAGCAAGACUGGCGCGAAGCUUUCGCAGAACAAGGACGCGAUUCAGCAUAUCGACAACUACUUCAAGCCAUUACAGACUAUGUCGAGGGACCACACUCUACCGGCACGCGUACGUUUCAUGCUUCAAGACUUGCUCGAACAGAGACAGAACAACUGGAAGGUAAGGAGGGAAGAAGUCGGCGCGAAGACUAUCUCGGAGAUUCACAAAGACAUCGAAAAGGAAGAACGAGCCAAAGCAGAGGCACAAGCUGCGGCUCGUGAAAGAAGAGGUCGGGGUGGUGGUAUGCAUUCUCGUCAUAGAGGCCCACCGCCCUUUUCGCACGUGACAAUGACGAUGGCUGACAUGAAAAAGUCAGGUGGAAGUGUUUCAAGAUCGGCUGCCAUUCUGGAGAAACAUGGUGGUAUGCCUUCGUCUCGCAAACUAUCAACAAUGAAUGCUGCCUCACUUCGACCUGGUGGGUCAAGGCCAAGCUAUGGGGCAUUCGGUCCUCUGGGAGAGAGCCGUGACGGCAGCUCAGGCAUGCGAAGCGGAGAUGCCCGUCGCAAUAUGAGCAACGAUAAGAGAGUCGCCUCCUCUCGACGCCCAGCUCCGGUCAAGCCAGCGGCGCCCGUUGAGCAAAAGCCGAAGAUCAUGGAACCUGAGGUCCUCAAGCGAAAGGCAAGAAGCAUUGCACUAGAAUACUGGUCAAUUGGGUUGAUCAAAGAAGCCCAGGAAUGUAUCGUCGAAGAGGUGAAGCCUGUGAACUAUGCGAAAUUCCUGCGUGAGAUCAUUAAGUUCUCACUCAGCGCAAAGGUUCAAGACCGGCUGAAAUCAAUUUCGCUUCUGGUUGGGUUGCUUGGAGAUACCAUUUCAGAGACUCUUUUCAUCUCGGCAUUUUCGGACGUCGUUGCCGAGCUGUCUGAUAUCGAAAUGGACGAUCCCCGUGCAAGUGAAUUUCUUGCGAAGUAUGUCGCGGCCAUCGCGUGCUCUGGAAAACUAUCAGCCCAAAAGAGCGAUGUGUUCGGCCUUGACUUCCUUAAGAAGGCCUUGCCAUCAAUUGGUGAUGCCAAGAGGGAAUCGAAGUUCGUCAUCUGUAUUUUCGCAGAUAUUUACGAGCACCUAAGCAAAACCAUAGCAGACGAAGAACAAAAUAAGAAUGCAAUAAGGAACGCAUUGACUGCACUUGAUGUAGAUCUUUCCGCGAGGAUGUACUCAUGGAACGCGCAAAUAGGAAUGAAGUCUCUUGACUCAAUGCUGAAAGACGCUGGCAUUUCUUUCGUUGUCCCUCUGUUACCAAUGCAGCUCCGAUUAAAGGAAACCUUGGAAACCUCUCCCUCUGCAAGUGCGUUGGAGAAGGUAUUCAACUCCUCAGAACAACCAAAAGACGAUCUCCGAAGCCCGUCGUUUAUGAAGAUGGUGAUCAGGACAUCAUUUGACUGGUUGUUCAUGAAGCCUCCAUCUAGUGUGAAGGACGUUUUCGGGGAAGUUGUGGGAAAGCCUCUCGUCCAGUCUUUCAACGGAGAAAUCCCGCGGGAUGUGCAGAUGGCUGCCCUACUGGAAACGCAGUCAUUUAUCGUUCGAAACUUAGAUAUAUUGCCCGCCCACAAGGAAGGCGACUACGACAAGCCAGGUAGUAUCGUGUUUGAUAGCCUUUAUUUCGCAGAUGUUGUCGAAGAGGACACAUUUCUGGGAUGGAGGGAGGACACUGAUGAGAGCACACGGGUAGAAGGGAAAGACAAAAUGAUUAUGCAGACGUCUGCUUUCUUUCGAUGGUUGGAAACAGCUGAGGAAGAAUAGGAUUUCGAAAAAACCAUUAAACCGAUCGUUUUUUUUUACAGGAAA